AUGGACGGCCAGCGUAACUUUGUGCGGCGCCGAUCCGACUACGCGGUCAUGGCCGUCUUCCUGGCGCUUAUGGUCGCCGCGGGCUGCGUCAGCUUCCCGGCCUACUCGACCGAGGAGGACCUGCGGCUCAUGUCGGCGGUCUACGAUCCGCUGGGUCUGGGCUGGUCGUCGGCGGCCAAGUGGGUGGGCUGGUACUUCAUCACCGUGGCCGCCCUACACGGGCUGACCUGGUCCCUAUUCCUGGGCUUCCUCUACAUCAACAAGAAGGACACCCCCAUCGGCCCCACGUUCUUCGCGCAGGCGCGCGCAAUCGAGACCAACUUCUUCCUCCUGCCCCUGGUCCAGGUGGUCUGCGACAUAGCGACACAAGACGGCUGGACCAAGGUGACGAUGGGCAACACGGAGCCGGCGCUGGUCCUACGCGACGUGCUGCUGUGGAUGCUGUGCUUCGAGUGGGCCUGGUACGUCCAGCACAGGCUCAUGCACGACGUCAAGCCGUUCUGGAAGUACGGCCACUACUUCCACCACCAGUGGAAGAAGCCGGAGCACAUGCUGGGCAUCACCAACUUCGCCUUCGAUCACGUGGUCGAGGUGUGGGUCACCAUGUCGUCCUCCUUCCUGGGCUACCUCCUCUUUCCCUCCAACUUCUACGUCGGCAAGGCGAUCGCGCUGGUCUACAUGGUCCUGGCGGUCCUGGCGCACUGGGAGGGCUUCCACCUGUCGCGCUACCACAUCAACCACCACUACCUGGUCACCAAGAACUACGGCAGCCACGUCCCCAUCUUCGACAUGCUCUUCGGCACCUACCAGUGGGAACCGUACCCAAGAAAAGGACGGGUGGAGUGA